GUUGUGCCUAAGAACAGCCCUUGGCUGUGGUAUAUUGGCCAUAUACCACACCUCCUUGGGCCUUAUUUCUUAAUUGUACACAAUUGGACACGUUUACAAUUAUUGUAUGGUAAACAUUGACAUCUGUCUGGGUGGAACACCCUCCAUUACGGCUCCAUCAGUGUUGAGCCCCCUCAGUCUGAUUGUAUGGGACACUCAAUUACGGCUACUUGUGUUUCCAAUCUUCUUCCUCUGGCAGGAUUACUUCCACGUGCAACUGUCAGACGACAAGUAGGUGAGGCACUUCCGGGAGCUGAGCUAUGCUGGUGCCAUCCUUCGGGACACCUGGGUCCUGACAGACGUUGGCAUCACCCCUAGCAGUGCCAUCUGCUGCCUGCUGAAGGUACCAGCCGAACACCUAGCUGUUUCUACCCGUGCUUGAAAAUGCAUAUCAAACGGGAGCCGGUGGUGCGUGUGUUCAGUGCCGUGACGGGGGAGACCCUCUCAGUCUCGGGCACUGUGUUUCUCCUGAGUACGUCUGUGGCCAGGCUCAUGACCCUGGUGUCCCAGCAGUGUGGGCUUCCCGUCAGCUCCUUCAGACUGAGCUCUCCCACCGGCCUGCAACUCUACGACUGCAACCGGCUGCACGACUACGCCAUUGACCUGGGGGCUACUCUACGGUUGGACACCUGGGAUGGGUGGGCGGAGUUCCUCAGAGGCUGCUUCCUGGGACACAGACUGACCGUCCAACGACACCAUUUCCAGAGACACCAAUCUCAGACCUGUGUUUGCCUCACCAAACUCCGCCCAGAUCCUCACCACCUCACUGGAGGCCUUUUCUCUCCACUGCGACCGCACACCCAGAGAAAACGCCAUAUACUGUUUGGCCUUGGCCAGGGAACUUUCCAGCAAAUGUGGAUCUCAAAACAUGAGUUUGAAGAGGGCGGGAAGCAGUGCGAAGACAGGAAGUGCCCUUGAUCGACCACCAACAGCAUCUGCUGCCUCCAGAACUCACAAUAACAUGUUUAACCUUUAACUGUGAGCUCAGGAACACCCAAGGACGGUAGUUCUGUCGAUAAAAAAAAAACCUUUUUAACUGGAUAAUCGAAUCUGCCUUUAUAAUUUUUUGUAGAAAACAUGAACUAUAACGAACCGUGUCACAUAUUCCAUUGCUAUGAAAAGGGUGAAAGGCUGAGUUCCUUUUGACUCCAUCUUCAGUAUGCCAUUUUCAGUUUGUUUAUGGACCUUAUAUUCUGAUCUCAACCUUCUUGACAGGAAAGAAACGCUUGGUUAGUGUUUGUGUCUUAUCCAAUGGGUUGUCAGGUGAACGUUGAAGAUGCUUCUUGGAGGUGAUCUAAUGAUGUCAUUGAAUCGCUGUCAUUGAGUUGCUCACUGGACAAGACAAUUAUUCACUGAAAAUGAAAUCUGUCUUUCAUUUCACUUAUGUUGAUACUUGAUUGGCUAUUUGCUGUCUUUUGAAAAUACAAAAAUAAAUAUAACUGUUUUAUGAA